UCUAGUCUCAGAUGCAUUUCUGGAUUCUCAUAUGAAAUUCUCCUGCAGAUUUCUUCAAGGAGAAAAUAGAGGGAAGGAACACGAGAUGUCUGGCAAAAUUUUGAGAAGGCUCAAGGCGUUAAAGAAAGCUCAUCUAAAUAAAGGAGAAUUAACGUGACAUUGCAGUUACUUAAUCCUUUAUUGUCCUGCCAUGUGACUGCAGGGAUACUAAGGCGCAGCACUGCUUUUGCCUUUCCUGUCAUCUUCUAGAAUUAGGUGCUUCAUUAAACCCACCAUGGGAAGGAAACAGAGGGGCAACGAACUUUCUACAGCAAGGCUUCAACACACAGUGACAUUUCCAAGGCACAGUGACAAGCUCACAGCUGAAGAAUGAAUCAAAGGCAAACCCUACAGCCAGCUCUUGGACUGGUACCAGAAUCAAGUAGAACUGCGCUCUUAAGGUCAGCUAUUCAAAAUUAACUGGAGGUAUCUGAAUUUAUUAGGAGCAGUUAAUCAGUUUUCUGUUUGACCUUUAUCUAUCAAGUUGGUUUUCAAAGCAUCAAGCUAAAGCCUGAAUAUUUGUGUCAAAUAUUUUCCAUGUGUCAAAUGUACUGUAUAGACACUGAGCACCUUGCUGCUUUCUUGCACAAAUUUUGCAGUGUUAAUUGCAAAGCCUCUUUGACCUUGUAGCUGAAGAUCCCAACGUACUCACUCUGUGAGUGAGAAAUUGAUGUAUACGGCUUCCAGUUUAUCUCUGAUUUUGAACAGGACAUGUAAUAUGCAGAUUAGGCAGAUAUGUUUUUUAAGUAAUUUUCAAACUAAUCCUUGGACUUUCCAUAAACAGCUUUUUUUUUUUUUUGCUACAUUUGUCACAGUUUCUAUUAUGUGCAGGAUUGCAUAUUCACUCAGAAUUACUUCAUUUAAGCUUGUUAUUGCGACAUCUUGUUAAUGGGGAAGUGAUUACCCUGUAGACUAUGACAACAGGAUAUGUGAAUGAAGGAGGUCAUGGAAAACACCGCUGCUCCAGGUGGAAUCAUGAGGAUAGUGGAGAAGAUGAUGGGCACCCGGAGUGCUAUGGAGGAGAUGAAGAGAACAGGCAGCACAGGCUGACCCCAUUUGAGAAACUAAUGCAGGAUAUGUCUCACAAUGAAAAAGUGGUGAAAGAAUUAACCCUGGGAAAGAGAAUUGCCUUCUAUCGAGUCAGAGGAGAAAUAGGAAGUGGGAAUUUCUCACAAGUGAAGCUUGGAAUUCAUUCCCUAACUAAAGAGAAAGUUGCAAUUAAGAUUUUAGACAAGACAAAGCUAGACCGGAAGACUCAGCGUUUGCUGUCUCAUGAGAUAUCCAGCAUGGAGAAGCUGCACCACCCAAAUAUCAUCAGGCUGUAUGAAGUGGUGGAGACACUCUCAAAACUGCACCUGGUGAUGGAGUAUGCAGCAGGUGGGGAGCUCUUCACUAAAAUCAGUACAGAAGGAAAGCUGCUAGAAACGGAGUGUAAAAUAAUCUUCUCCCAGAUUGUGUCUGCUGUGAAGCACAUGCAUGACAAUAAUAUAAUUCACCGGGACCUGAAAGCAGAAAACGUCUUCUAUGCCAGUAACACCUGUGUUAAGGUGGGAGACUUUGGAUUCAGCACAAUAAGUAAACGAGAUGAAACUUUAAAAACUUUCUGUGGCUCUCCUCCUUAUGCUGCUCCUGAACUCUUCCGAGAUGAAAACUAUAUAGGCAUCUAUGUGGACAUCUGGGCACUAGGAAUCCUACUAUACUUCAUGAUGACGGGUAGCAUGCCAUUUCGGGCAGAUACUGUAGGCAAACUGAAGAAGUGCAUUCUUGAAGGGACAUACACUUUGCCUCCCUGCCUCUCAGAAAAUUGCCAGAAACUGAUCAAAGGAGUCCUUCAGCCCAUACCAACCAAGCGAUACUCUGUCAAACUGAUUAUGAACAGCGAAUGGAUGCAAGGCAUACAGUUUCCCAAACCUUUACAGACAUUUAAACUGGAUCCUAAGUAUUUAUCAGACAUCAGUAUGCUCAAAGAAGAAGAAAUUGAAGUGAAAAAUAUUCUGGAAGAUCUGGGAAUCACAGAGCAGCACAUUCAAAAUAACCGGGGAAGAGAUGCACGCAGCUCAAUAACAGGGGUCUACAGGAUUGUGCUGCACAGAGUACAGAAGAAAAGGGCACUUGAAUCUGUUCCUAUCAUGUCCCACCCAGAUCCCACAGAACAAGACUUGAGGAAAGCAAUCCAUUCUUACGGUGGGAUUAAGCACACAUCCAAGCUGUGUUCUAUUUUAUAAAUUUGCACUGCAGACUUUAUACUCAGCACAUCUCACAGAGGGGAUUAUUCACUUUUCAAAGGGGAUUAUUGAUUUUUCCUAAAUUCUGGUGUUACAUUUUUUUUAUUUGUAAUUUUAAUAAACCAAAAAUGCCUCCUCUUCUUUGCAUUUCUCAAGUCACAGUGAAGCGCUCAAACACCGAGCUCUCAUGCAUUUGUUUGACCCUUGCUCCAGAGACAUGGUAUAGCCAGUGCAAGAACCCCAGUAAUUGAAAGGAUCAUGAGUGGGAGUGAUCGUUUAGUAAAGAUCAUACCACUGCAUUUAACCCACUUGGAGAUUCCUGGUACAGGCAUGUAACAGCUAACUUCUGAAAAGCUGUAUGUCAGCUUGAUACAACUUUACCACUGCAAACCAGGACAGUUUUUGCACAGAACGAAAUUUAAGCAGAGACCAGACCAUAAUCUAAACAAUUGCAAAUUCUUCUUUUGAACUUCCUCAUCAAAAUAGUUUUUAAAAAGCAUUUUCUUUUAAGAAACAGCAAUGCUGCUGUUGACGGCAGUUCUGUUUGUCAUGAUUCCGAAAGACAAAUUAAGAUGCAGUGCAUAUGUGGUUGCAAUUCCUAAUGCCUGACUGGUUGGACUACUAUCAGCUAACCUUCUGACACCUUCCACUACUUGCAUGAUUCUGUCAGUUGGGAACUGCUUGGACUCAUUGCACUUCAAUAAAGAAAGAUUUAAG